ACAGGCCCGGAAAUAUUUAUUUCAAUCUGAAAUGCAAUAUGGUUAAAGUGAGAGCAUUCCUGUUAAUAGUUUGCUUUGUUUGGAUUCUAUUGGAUGAAAGUCAUGGCGAAAUUCAAAUAUAUAAUCGAGAUGCCGAUGGAGAUGGUCCCAGGAAUAUUUCGGUGAAUAUUCAUGACUCUAACGCGGGAAACAUUUGUAUUGAUUGCCAAAAUCAAAUACAAGUGGAUGCUGGACUGAUGAAUGUAGAUUCUAUGGCAAACUACGCUGAUAUUCGGCGUUAUCUGGGUCCAAAUUUUCCACCUUUCAUUUAUAUACAGUCUAGUUCCAACCAAAGACCAAGUCCAACUACAACUACAACUCUAGCUCCGACAACAACAACAACAACUACUACUACAACAACUACGACUGAAGCUCCUAUCAGAUAUAUUAUUACGACCAAGGCUCCAAAUUUGCUUGGUUGUAUUGAGGAUUGUCCCUAAAUAUUGCUUGAAAUAUACAUAUUGAAGUAUACGUAUUGAAU